AUGGUCCCUGAAUUCCGCUGCUACAUACAUUUGUUUUUCUUUUCUCGAUAUAUCGGUUCCACCUGCCCAGAUCUGUCACAUCAUCCCAGUCAUCUCGAGACGCAAGCAUCAAACACCACAUAUUUAGGCCACCCCAACGCCACAACCCAUCCUUUUCGUAAUCCUACAACAAUCCCCGGGAACCCCUUGUACCUUCCCGAUCGCCCAAUCGAUCCAGAUAACAUGGCUGACCGUGCGCCGCUCGUAGGUAGCAGCCAUGCGUCGUUUGCUCGCUAA